GGAGUAGGAUCACAUCUCAGAUCUAUUGGUGAGUGUGGAGACUGGUCAGUUAUUUUUGUUGGGGUUGAGCGAUCAUCAGAUCCACCAUUCUACUGAAUGAAGGAUCUAAAAUAAACACCAACUUCAAUUUUUUUUAGACACUGCCUGUUAAAAUGAAUUCUGUGAACCUCGAGAUAAUUGCCUUGGUCGUCGAGUUUUGUGGCUGGGUCCUGGUAUGCUGUACCUUGCCUAUUGACUACUGGAAAUGGUCUUCACUCGAUGGCAACAUCAUUACCACUGCUGUCCUCUGGUCCAACCUCUGGAAGAGCUGCUUCACAGAUUCAGCUGGAGUUACUGAAUGCAGGGACUUGUCAAGCAUACUGGGACAGGAACGUUACAUCCAAGCAUGCAGAGGCCUCAUGAUUGGUUGUGUGGCACUGGGGGUUUUCGGAGCCAUGUUUGCUUUGUUUGGGAUGAGGUGUACAAGGAUUGGGGGAACAGACACCACCAAAUCUAAGAUUGCCUGUGUGGCAGGAGGCUGUUACAUAGUUGGAGGUUUGUGCUCUUUGAGUGCAUACUCACUAUAUGCAAACAGAAUAACUGCAAUAUUUGACCCUACUUAUACAGACCAAAAAUAUGAAUUGGGAAGCCCUUUGUUUAUUGGCUGGUCAGGCUCUGUACUCUGCUUUGUAGGUGGAUCAAUUUUCUGUUUAAUAAAUGGAAAAGAUUCUAAGCCAAAAAGGAAUAUUUACAGUUACACUGGAGGAUCAUCAUAUAUCACCGCCAACCCUAAAACUCAGAGGUCCAUGCUGGAGUAUAGAAGCCGAUCAAAAGACCCUAAAACUCAGAGGUCCAUGCGGGAGUAUAGAAGCCAAUCAAAAGACCCUAAAACUCAGAGGUCCAUGCGGGAGUAUAGAAGCCAAUCAAAAGACCCUAAAACUCAGAGGUCCAUGCGGGAGUAUAGAAGCCAAUCAAAAGACCCUAAAACUCAGAGGUCCAUGCUGGAGUAUAGAAGCCAAUCAAAAGACCCUAAAACUCAGAGGUCCAUGCUGGAGUAUAGAAGCCAAUCAAAAGACUUUGACAGAGAUGCUUACGUUUAACAGAAAGAAAAGACAGUUGAAUUGGAGUGUAGUUACUGUUCUUGCGUUCAUACUUGCCAACAGACUUUGUACACGGCAGCAAAGAUCACUCUUCAUUAAUGAGUGCACUAUUGUUAAACAUUUGCAGUAUGUCGGGUUUUGUAGUUACAAAUGACAAUGUUUGUGAGAGCACACAGGGCGAGAUUUCCAGAGCUAUUUACAGGAAUUCAAACAAUCCAGACAUUUGAUUUAGGGUUAUAUAAAUUGUAGUAUACUGUAUGUGAUAGAUACAAUAUCAAGUAGUGUACUUUUACUGUGGGUUUUUGUGAUAAUUACUUUUUUAUGUAUAUAUUGUUUGUAAUUGUCUUUUAUAAAUAUCCAAUUUUAUUUAAAGUGUUCUGUGUGUUGCCAUGUUACUGUGAGAACAGUAAAUAGGGAAUACCUAGAGUACAGUAAAAUAUUUAUUUCUCCUUUAGUUUAAAAAAUUAUCUCUCUUUAAAAUUACUUAUUUUCCAAUAAAAAAUACAUAGCAGUA